UCUUUUCUCAAAGCGGGAUGCUUCAGUGUAAUGCUUCUGGCGCGCGACUGAGGAAAGCAGUAAAUUGCGGCUAAACACCAUUCAUCCUCUCUCUGAUUCAAAACAGAAAACAAGCAUGGCGUCAAAGUGUCCAAAAUGCGAAAAGACAGUCUAUUUCGCUGAAAAGGUGACGUCUCUGGGGAAGGACUGGCACAAGUUUUGCCUGAAGUGUGAACGCUGCAGCAAAACCCUGACAGCAGGAGGCCAUGCUGAGCAUGAUGGGAAACCCUUUUGUCACAAGCCCUGCUAUGCCGCCCUCUUUGGGCCAAAAGGUGUGAACAUUGGGGGUGCAGGAUCUUAUGUGUACGAGGCACCAGCCAACAAAGACCCAGCCCCAUCUACUGUGGACUCUGCAGCCAAACCUGAUGAGAAGAGGGUCUCAGCACCCAGCAGACCUCCUUCUAAAGCUGGAAGCAUCACCACCUUUUCUGGGGAGGCAAACGUAUGCCCUAGGUGCAAUAAGAGGGUCUACUUCGCCGAGAAGGUGACGUCUCUUGGGAAGGACUGGCAUCGGCCAUGUCUGCGCUGUGAGAGGUGCAGCAAGACGCUGGCUGCAGGGAGUCAUGCAGAGCAUGAUGACAAGCCCUACUGCCACAAACCAUGCUACGCUGUCCUGUUUGGACCAAAAGGAGUGAACACAGGUGGUGUUGGCAGCUACAUCUAUGACAAGGAGGUCAAUGCAGAAGCCCAGCCAUGAGUCUGCACCCUCAAAACAUCGCUGCACUACAGUCACACAACACCACUACAAACACAGUUACUACAUGAGCUCACACAGACUCACACACACCUUCUUCGCCACAUUCUCCACCACAUUUCCCAGCCUCCGGCCAUGCUGACUGACAGCAAUGCCAACAUAGACGCGUAUGGGAAUCCGAUGCCACAUAACGUAACCCUACACUGAUGGUCUGAUAGCCUCAUUCUUGUUAUACAUAGAUACUGACUGUCUGAGCAUCCAGUUCUGGAUAUUUGAUCUAGAAUAUGGUAAUCUAUUUAAAAUGUUUUAUACACAGAUCUUACGCAUUUGUCCAACCUAUUAUUAUUAUGUAUGAGGUACAAUGCUUCUACAAUAACGUUAAUCAUAUAACACUGUAGAGCAUUAUCUCUAUGGUGGUUUUCCAGAUGAAUGAAUAGAAAUUAUUACUAUUAUUAUUAUUUUACAUUUUGCAGACAGCAGAUUGAUCACACUUCUUGAACCUCAUAAAUCUACAAUAAAUAAGUCUACCAUAAAUCUACAACAUAUUCACCAACCCAGAUUUACACUUUGGCUGCCUAUCAGCAUUUCUAACUCAACCAAGAUGUGGAAGAAAUGUACAUACAGUAAAAUAAAUGGGUCAAAUCUUAUUUUUAUGAGAGGAACCAAUCCUGUCUCCAGGAGGUCAAAGGGUGUUGUGUGGCUUUGCGAUAGAUCUCUAAUGAUCAAGUAGCUGAGACUAGUACUUACAAUAGCUGACAAUUUUAGCUUAUGUCCAACAAGGGAAAUAUAUAUCAAUAAUUUGUUCAUUGUAUUUCAUUAAUGUGGUCUGAAUGUUGAAGAAUUGCUUGCAUGAAAACACAUGGCCAGUCAGAAUUAGCUGUUAGGAAGCUUUAAGUUAAACUUUAAUGACAAUGCAUUCUUUUGGAAUGUGCUUUAGUACUUAAAGAGUUAUUGACAUUAUGAUUUUAUUUUAGUAGGAUGAGAAAUAAAAACAAUGCUUCCACUUAAGCCCAGUUGCUACUGUUCUUAAUAAAUUUGUAUACAACCUUU